AUGUCUGGCAGCUUCUAUUUUGUGAUUGUGGGACAUCAUGACAAUCCAGUAUUUGAGAUGGAAUUUUUGCCCCCAGGAAAGACUGAGUCCAAGGAUGAUCAUCGCCAUCUGAACCAGUUCAUCGCCCAUGCAGCCCUGGACCUAGUAGAUGAAAACAUGUGGCUGUCGAACAACAUGUACCUCAAGACAGUUGACAAGUUUAAUGAAUGGUUUGUUUCGGCUUUUGUAACAGCUGGACAUAUGAGAUUCAUUAUGCUGCACGAUGUCCGACAAGAAGAUGGAAUAAAGAAUUUCUUUAAUGAAGCAUAUGACUUAUACAUCAAGUUUGCCAUGAAUCCUUUUUAUGAAGCAAACACUCCCGUUCGAUCUACUGCUUUUGAUCGUAAAAUACAGUUCCUUGGCAAGAAACAUCUAUUAAGCUAA